GGCGCUUCUCCCUCGGAGCUGUGAGGUGCGAGCGGCGGCUGUAGGUUCCGUCAGGGGGACCCCGCUGAGCUACUGGGCACCUUCGUGCUAGCACAGCUAGCUGCAGCCCCCGAGGUCACAGUGUCAGUCUGUUGAUAAUGGGCGAGCAGGAAAGGAGAGGGCUGGUGCGGUGCUGCUGCGAGCAGCAUUUGCUCGUGGCCGUGCCCUGGCUGUGGGGGUGAAGCUAGGCGCAGGGGGAAGUGCUUCAGCUCCCAGCCCCACGCAGUGCAUGGCAGACGCUGCUCCGGAGCACGGCUUUCACCCGGCGUCCUCCCACCGCAGUCAGCUGGGCGCCACGCUCAUGUCCUGCAGCCACAGCUCUGCAGCCAGGGCCCGUGCGUGAUCGUAAAGCUGCUAAGGGGCAUGCGUCUCUGCUCUAGCAAACAGUGCUCAGAGACAUACUAUUAUCUUACGGUGUAUAUAUAUAUGUAUAUAUAUAUAUAUAUGCAUACUUCUCCACGAGGCAGGAACUUGCCCCUUGCAAUGUGUUCUCGCGAUGCAUAGCACAGGGUAGAGUAGGUCCAAGCUGGAGCCUCGCAGUGCUACCAUUUGCACAUGAGUACUGGCUGUACAGCACGGGAUGUUUUUCAGGGACUCCACCAUGUGAUGCCCAGGGAACCUCAGAACCCAAGGAACCUGCCAUACCUUCCUGUCCCACGAGUGUAGGGAUUCUGCUAUCUAAUGGGGGACACCACCCACAUCCCUCAGUCACACUCUGCCCAUUGCUUAGGAAAACCCCAUUGCUUGGGGGAAGCCCAUACACGUGGUUGCUCUUGCUGUACUGCAGCCUGGGCACACCACAGUAACAACCCAGGUUGUGUCAGCUGUGCAGUGAAGCUGCCCGGCAGCCUCUAGUUCACGUCUUCCGUUGUACGUGCGGCUAUCUGCUGUGUUAGCAUAAUUUUCUCAGUUUUAAGCCAUGCAGAGUAACGAAGUGAACUAGAGCACAAUGGUGCCAUGUUCUAACUGCCCUCUCUUGCUCGGUCUCUCCUCCAGAUCUAUCUGCCUUUGCGCAGACCAUGCUCCCAAAGGCUGUAUGAUCAUUCCCAGUGACUGCCAGCGAAGGCUCACUGGGGCCCGUGCAGCACAGCAGGAGGCUGAGGGGUUCCUGCUGCCCCUUGGGCAGAGGUACCAGUGUGUGGCCGACCCACUGUGAGGUGCCAGCUUCAGAAGCAAGCAGAGACGAGAGCUGCCGUGAGGUGCUCCGGAUCCGGGAGGAAGCGGAGCGGUGGCAGCAUGGACAAGGACGGCACCAACCUGGCCGACCAGCAGUAUGAGUGCGUGGCCGAGAUCGGUGAGGGAGCCUACGGGAAGGUGUUCAAGGCCCGCGACCUGAAGAAUGGUGGCCGCUUCGUGGCGCUGAAGCGGGUGCGGGUGCAGACCAGCGAGGAGGGCAUGCCGCUGUCCACCAUCCGGGAGGUGGCCGUCCUGAGGCACCUGGAGACCUUCGAGCACCCCAACGUGGUCAGAUUGUUUGAUGUGUGCACCGUGUCACGAACAGACAGAGAGACCAAGUUAACACUGGUGUUCGAACACGUGGAUCAAGACUUGACUACUUACUUGGAUAAAGUUCCAGAGCCUGGAGUGCCUACUGAAACUGUAAAGGAUAUGAUGCUUCAGCUGUUUCGGGGACUGGAUUUUCUGCAUUCACAUCGUGUGGUGCAUCGGGACCUGAAACCCCAAAAUAUCCUCGUAACCAGCAGCGGGCAGAUAAAGUUAGCCGACUUUGGCCUUGCACGAAUCUACAGUUUUCAGAUGGCUCUUACGUCAGUGGUUGUUACUUUGUGGUAUAGAGCUCCUGAAGUUUUGCUUCAGUCCAGCUAUGCAACACCAGUUGAUCUUUGGAGUGUUGGUUGCAUAUUUGCAGAAAUGUUCCGUCGAAAACCACUCUUCCGCGGAAAUUCAGAUGUUGAUCAGCUAGGAAAAAUCUUUGAUGUAAUUGGACUCCCAGAAGAAGAGGACUGGCCUAACGAUGUUGCCCUUCCAAGAAAUGCUUUUGCUUCCAGACCCUCACAACCUAUUGAAAAAUUUGUACCAGAUAUUGAUGAAAUGGGCAAAGACUUGCUUCUUAAAUGCUUAGCGUUCAACCCAGCCAAGAGAAUAUCUGCCUAUGCUGCCCUGUCUCACCCGUAUUUCCAUGAUCUGGAGAAAUGCAAGGAGAAUCUGGACUCUCACAUGUCAUCCAGCCAAAACUCCAGUGAGGUGAAUGCAUCAUAAUGCUGACUGAAGACGAACCUAUAAAUGAACAAGAGGAGUAGCUGACAAGGCCACUGUCCCAUACAAACCACACGGCUGUUCUAGUGAAGAUCAUUGUUUGGAGGUUUUACACACCUGUCUUUUAUUUUGGGAUUGCAAUGUGCUUAUCCAAGGAAAUCAACCUAGUUUACUUUCAUCAGAGCAAUGCAAGGGCCUGGGCUUUGACCUGCUCCCAUUGCAGCCUUAUGUUUGUUUUGUUUUUGUUUUGUUUGUCUGCCUGGGAAAACUCCAGACGAAGAAAAGCUGCUGACCGGUUUUGCUGCCGUUUUAUCCUUCUAAAAUUGAAUGCUGCCAGUGUGGAGUAGGAUGAUCAAGUCACUGCCAAAACAGGAUAUAAUCUCUCUCUAGCUGCUGAAGCAUGAUUUGGUACUUUUAUUAUGAUGGUGUGAUCUCUUAGAGUGAUAUAUAAAGAAUGGCAUUGAAAUAUCAGAUCUCUGCAACCUGCAGUUAACUGAUACAUACAUUAAUACAUCCAGCUACUGUGCACCCAUAGAAUACAUGCAGGUCCUUCCCCAGCUGAAAACUUGGAUGGAUUAUUUUGUUACUUCAUCGCUCUAUAAAAACCACAGCUACGAUAGUGACCAUAAUAAAUGUCUCAGCUUUUAGGGUUUUUUUUUAAUACACAAACAAGUUAUUAUCUAGUUAAGCAAGUGUUUAAAAAAACUUCCGAGGUCCUGUUCUUAACGAUCCAUUCAGUUUCCAAAUGGUCAGUUUGUGCUGGAAUCCAUGCACAUUCUAACCCAUUAUGUAACCCGUCAUUCCCUCCCGGAAACAGCUGCAAACACAUUUUCUCUCUCUCGUUUCUGAAUGCAGCUCAAAGACCUGAGCAGAGCCAAUGAAGACGAAUACAGGUUUUCAUCUUUAACCUGUUCUCAUCGUUAGCUGAAAAGGAACAAAGAAAAAAUAUUUCCAGUUUAGAAGGAGAGAAUCCUAUACCUGUUAAGUACAGUUAUUUACCUGUGCUGAAUUGUAUGCUGUAUACUGUGCUGCCUUACCUACAACAGCCCCCAUGCGUCUCAAGUGCAUGAAUAUUACUGUCACAAAAUGCCUCAGAUGUUGCUUAUUAAGAAGACUUGUUUUCUAUGCAGAAAUGCAUGAGCUUCUCUCCUAAGCCACCAUGUGGUAUACUGGCACGUGCUUCUCCACUAGGCUUAGUGUGCCAUUAUUGAAUGUUAAAAUAACCAAGUAAUUCACAUGCCUUUAUAGAACAGUAAUUUUAAAUAUUACGUUAAAAUUUUAUAUUUAGUAUUUUUACCUUAACUAAAAAAUAUUUUCAGUAUUUUAAAAAGAAACGUUUAUUUUUUUUAAUACUGUACUGGGAAAAAAAAAAGAAAUAUUUUCAAUCCAUGAAAGCUAUUCACUAGUAUGACUUCAGUGCAUUUACCUGGAUAUGACCUGGAGGAAAAUUUGGUCCAACAAGUUAACCCUUACCGUAAAAAUAUAACUAUACCCUAUUGCAGUAUAAUUGAUGAGAAGUGAGGCAGCCAGCUUUGCUUACUCAUAUGACAGUUCCUUAGGCUACUCUCUUCCUCAUCUCUGUUUCUUCUCGUCUGGCUACGGAGCCAGCGUUACACCCUUGCUCACGGCACGCUUGGCAGAAGCAGGUCCUUAGCACUGACUUGAGCAAUGUAAUUUUGCCAGAUAGGGCACAGGAACCUGUAGCUGUCUCCUGGUGGGUUUCUCAGCCCUGUGGGAGACCGCCAGUUUUGGUGCACUUCACUGUUAACUUAACUGUUAAUUUCAGGUAUCUAUACUGUGUGGGACAUGGCCCGUUGCUAAGACGGUGAGUGGAUCUUACCAGUCUCCUGGAUAAAGCUUUUCUUUACUGUUAGACAACCGUGCAACUUGUAGUUACGUUAUGCCUACUUUAAAUAGGCCAGAUUUUAAAAGGACCACUUGUGUGCAUGCAUGCAGUGGCCUGUGCCUUUCUUCAUGCCCAGAACGGUACCUAUUCAAAACCUACUAGCAUGAACAGGCAAGUUGCAUAUUAGGCCUGGCAAGAGCACAUACGAGGCAUCUGCACGCAGAGAUAAUGCAGAUGCACAGCACAAGAAUUUUGGUAGCUCUGCCAGUGGCAAGCUGAAGGCCAGGGAGCGGCCACGGCAGCUAACUCCUUUGAGCUCGGCCUCGCCUCUGCCGGUCUCUCUGCUCCUGCAUCCAAGGAGAGCAGCGAGCCCAUGGUACUGGUGCUGAACCAAACCUGUUCCUCUGCUGUUCAGCGAACCUGAGUGGGAGCAGGGCUUUGGUAUUCAUAGAGAAGAAUAGACCCAGGUGGUAUUUUUGAUCACAUUUUUUAAACACUAAUUAGAAUGACAAACAGAGACUAAAUACAGGAGAAUCUUGCAACAGCAACAACAGAAAAGUUUUCUAUGCAGUUUAGCACUUUUUAAAACAUUCCACAUGUUACCUACCGCCAAGCUACGUACGAUAUCAGGGCAUUCAGCUGGUACUGGCUUGCCAUCAGCUGUCAGGGAAAUCUCCCAGAGCUCUCCAAGAGCUAACAUUGGGUGAAAAUGGGUGUGGGUGUGGGUUUGGGGGUGUUACUUCCAAAUUAGACUCCAGACUCUCAGAUAGAGAUGCGCAUCUGCUGCCUGUUAGGAGAGCUUGAUGUACUGUGCUUAGCAACGCAAAGGCUGGAAGAGAAUAUGGUUGCUGACUGUAAGCAAAUUGUUAGGGGAAGAGGGAAAAGAGGGAAGUUAAUGCUAAAAGCCAAAAGUUAGUGUGAGCCCAAGAACGAAUGAAAAUAUGAGAAUUCCCAGAGAGUUUACUGUUGGAGCGACAUUUCCCAAUUUGUAGUAUCAGAAGUGGAGCUCAAGCAAGCAGCAGAGAAAAGCGCAGGUGGCUUGUGGAGUCAGAAGCUGAGCUCCUGCAACAUGGUGCUGUAUAUUGUCUAAUAUAGGAUCAGGUUAUUUGUGGGAGUAUUCAGGAGAAACAGCUUGAAAAAGGCUGCAUUAAUGGUCAUGUUCUGGAACAAACAUCCAGUGGGAAUGGCAGGAACAAAAAAAAAAGAAAUCUGUCUUGGCAGGGCUGGGAAAAAGAUUUUUUUUCCCUUGUGGUAGCAAUGGACUGGAUUCAAACGCCCAAGGACUGUCCAAAUGGCCUCCUUUUCAAAAUCUCUUCAGGAAGAAAUUCCAGCAGUCCUUCUCUGACAUGCCUUAGGCUUCCUCUUAUUCCCACCUCCCCUGCCAAGCCACUAGGCUUCCCUUAACCUGGUGAACCGAGGAGGGCUGUUCUCUGGCUGGGCAAAGCGCUGGCACUGGCUGACAGCAUGCAGGAACCACACUCCUAAUGAGACAGCGCAAAGACAACUGGGAGACUGCUUACACCAUGCCCUUGCUCCUUAUAUCUUUCUGGUGUGGCUGUAGUCCUCGAGUACCUUUACUUAUUAAUGCUGUGUGUGUAGAUUAGAAUUAUACAUGUGAAAAAAGUGCUCCUUGACACAGUUGUUCCAGACUGUGAUGACAACUCUUCAUACUCUUUAAAAAAUACUUCAGAACACAAUUCUUAAAAAUAACUCUGUCUGCGUGUGUUCUGCAGGACUGGUUCAACAGCAGCUAAAGCCCACUGACUAGCAAAAAAUAUAUUAAAAGUAAGGAUGGGUGAUGAGCUCGUAGAGCACCCGCAGCCAGGCACUGCGCUCUUCUCACCACUCAACUGGAUGUUCUGGGAAACAGAAGGAGCAGUUUCCAUCUCCCACGAAGAUGGAAGUUUGUUAUCCCUGCUACAUAAUUCUGCAGGAAAAAAAAAAAAACAACAACAACAAAAAAACAGACCCAACAGACAAGGAAAAAAGCCACCGAAGCCAGCUGGUGCCGU